UCAGGGAGUGUCCAGUCGGUAGAAUUAUCCCCGUGUACCCAACAGCCCUGUGUUUUUCAUCAUGGUGUUAACGCCACAGUUGGUCUGAAUUUUACUUCAGGAAUAACCAGUGCAAGUCUGAAGACUGAAGUAUUUGGUAUAUUAGGGGGAGUACCUAUAUCCUUUCCUAUGCCAAACCCUGACGCCUGUUCAGAUUGUGGGGUGACCUGCCCUGUUAACAGUGGUACUAGUUACUCCUAUAACAGCACCUUACCUGUAUUAAAACAAUACCCCACGUUACAAGUAGUGGUGAAAUGGCAACUAGUGGGAGGAAAUAAGGACACCGUGGCUUGUGUAUUGUUCCCUAUAUCUAUUAAAUCA